UCAGUGUUCAGCACUUUACUUCAGCACGCUGCACGAACAUUGAGCAAGUAUAACUUAUAAGCAGCCGCCAGCAGUGCCUUAUGUGAAGCGUUGCGAGUCGUUCGCGUCGCGUUGUGUGUGUUGUGUGUGCUGUGGCCGCGUGCUUCAGUGUCUCCGGCCGCCAGUCACCAGAAUGGGGUGCGCGCGGGGCCUUUGCACCGCUGAGAACCUCUUCAUAUUCAUUAACAUCGCGUUCGCUAUGUACAGCGGCGCGCUGCUGGCGACGGCUGCCCGGCUGGCGUGGGACCCCAGCACGUACACGUGGUUCCGGUUCCUGUGCGCGGCGCAGUAUCGCGUGUCGGCCGCCUACGUGCUGGCGGCGGGCCUGUGGCUGGCCGCGCUGGUGUAUGUGGCCGCGGCAGCCGCGCGAGCGCCGCUACGGCCGCCCGCCGCGCGAGCUGCGCUCAACCUGUACGCGGGCGGCGUGGUGACUCUGGCUGUCAGCGAGGUGGCGUACGGCGCGUGGAUGGGGGCGUCUCUGGCCGCGUGGUGGCGCUCCUCCCCGCGGGCCGAGCUGGCGCGCCGGGGCAUGGACCUGCUGCACGACCUGAAGCCCGCGCUGCUGGCGGUGGAGCGAUACCGGGACGUGGCGCGACCGCUGUACCGCAUCAUAGAGGAGGUGGAGCAGGAGGCGCCCAACAACGGCGUGGUGGUCGCCGUCUUCGGGGCGCUGGGGCUGGUACUGCAGAUUGCAGCGUUCGUGAUGGCGCGGCGGCUAGCCCGCGCAGGGACCCGACCGCCGCCGGCCGGUGAGAGCGGCAGCGUGAGUGACGAGGACAGCGAGUGCGACGUGAAGCGGGCGUCCCCCCCGCGCGCUGCGUCCCCCGCCGCCUGGCAGAAGUCCGCCAACCUGCGCAUGUACACCAUACUCGACAAGAUUUUCUAGCAGGAGGAGCUCCCCGCUGCUGCCCGCGACUCGUGUUACGGGAGCGGGGGCGGGGCGGGCAGCUCAUCAAGACGGGGGCGACGGCGGGGCGCGCGGAGCCGCGGGGGGACGGUGCGGGGGCGCGGGGGAACGGCUCGCUGGGACGCCGUGCACGCGCAGCUACUGGCGUCACGUCCGCUGCGGCCGCAAGUCGCCCCCCCGCCCACCGCACCGCCCGCGCUGCUCAUACUUCACGCAGCGCCCGCCGACGUGUAGCCGCGGCAACUGUGACGUCACCUCCCUCUCUUGUGUCACACCGACAGCGCCCGCUAGAGCUGAGAGACGGAGAGUUGCACGUGCACGCUAGCGGCACCGCCGCACACUUGCCGCUCACUCGCCGCACACUCGCCGCACAACGUUCUCGCCAGUCACGUGUCAAGUGCAGCACGGCGUCAACCAGUUAUGAACGAGGUCGUCUCUUGUGAUAUCUACUCCUUACGACUUAUCUUCUACUUAUGAUUGUUUCGGACAAUACUUUUUAUCAAACCGUAGUUAUAUAAGUCAAAUAUAAAUAUCAAUAUAUUUAUACUCAUUGUAACAAAUUGUUAAAAUGUUAUUGUCUUCAAGAUGUUAUGCGAUAGUUAUUUAGAAUAUUAUAUAAUGAAGUUUUCAUAGUAAGAGCAUUCCGAUAAGCAAGCAUAAUUAAUAAUGUGGUUCUUUUGUAAGCCAAGCGGCUGUUUAAAGUUAGCGCACCAUUAUAAAUAAGGGGGUGAAACUAAAACGCGGUCUAUUUUGACAGGAGAUUAAUGGACACUAAAUUGUUUCAAAACGGUUCUUCAUCUAUUCCGUCUCUUUCUCACACCUAGGUUUUUAUGUAAGGAUGUUAUCUCACUUUCACGCAGGGUUCGUCUAUUACGGAAGUAUACUAAGUUUAUGGUUUAAAUCCGUUGGCGUGACGUUAAACUCUGGACUUUAAAUCGCAAAAACAUUUUUUGAAUGUGAUAACUAUAACUUACUCACAUUGUGUUCAUUCGGACAACGAGUCCUACUGUUUUAUAAUUAAUUAUAUUAGGAACCAAAAUGGCUUCCGCGAGUUAUGUAUGGUAAUGGGUUAUGAUAACUUUUACAAAAACAAAAAAUAUCGAGACUAGCAAUUAUUUUGAUGACAAACGAUAACUGAAUAUUGUAAAAAAAAGUUCUUUAUAAUCAGAACUCAUGUGAACGUCUCUCGACCCUGUCAAACAUGAGAUAAACUGAGAAUGACCGUUUGGAGUGCCCAAGUUCGGCGUCCUAUGACUCGUGGGAGCCGCCUGCCGUCAGUGGUGGUCUGGUGGUGGCUCGUAAAUUAACGGAUGUCCUUUUCCAAUAAUAAUUAUAACUAUGUAAUAUUUACUUAAAACGAAUUAUAUUGUUACAGUAGGGGUUAUGUCGUAUUUACACUCGCACUGCCACGAGGCUGUGUCCAAUGUUUACGUAGUUAGUUAUGUAAGGUUCCUGGAGCUGGUGUCCUAUGGCACACGUGUUCAGUGACGCACCCGACCUGGCUGAUAUUCAAGAAGCUCUCGUAUAUCCUGUGACGUCACACAGGGUUAAACUCUUUCCUCGUCCAGCGCCCUCUGCGAACGAGGUGUAGAUCCACUCUGAAAGGUCGGUCGGGUGGGAGGUGCGCACCGCACGCGCGUCUGUGAACGUGUGCAAGUGGCUUAAGUUAAAAUAUAGCAGUCUUAGAACUGUGAUACUCAUAGUUAUAUUAUAAUACGUUACAUCUUCCACAACACUGUAAUGGUUGUCAAUAACAAACUCGGUGCCAAAUAGAUAAAAUGUGUGCGUGAGUUUGUGUAUGUGUGUGUAUGUAUGUGGAUAGCUGCGAGUGACGUCAAAACAGGCGACACUUAUUAUAUUAGUGUAAUCUACAUAAUCAAACUUGAAAGUUUAAAUUAAAUAAAACUAUAUUUUUGUACUG